UGGGACACCUAUAAGCCGUGGGGCUUCACGCUCGCCGUCUUUAAGUGGACAGCGCGCAUGCGCAAACUUCCUCUUUCCCGGCUGGAACCAUGGAGGCUGCUAAGGAGAAGAAAAAGAAGGUUCCUGCUGUGCCAGAAACCCUUAAGAAAAAGCGAAAGAAUUUCGCAGAGCUUAAGAUCAAGCGCCUGAGAAAGAAAUUUGCCCAGAAGAUGCUUCGAAAGGCAAGGAGGAAGCUUAUCUAUGAAAAAGCUAAGCACUAUCACAAGGAAUACCGGCAGAUGUACAGAACGGAAAUUCGAAUGGCUAGGAUGGCAAGAAAAGCUGGCAACUUCUACGUACCCGCAGAACCCAAACUGGCAUUUGUCAUCAGGAUCAGAGGUAUCAAUGGUGUGAGCCCAAAGGUUCGAAAGGUGUUGCAGCUUCUUCGCCUCCGUCAGAUUUUCAAUGGCACCUUUGUGAAGCUCAACAAGGCUUCAAUUAACAUGCUGAGAAUUGUGGAACCAUACAUUGCAUGGGGGUACCCAAACCUGAAGUCAGUAAAUGAAUUGAUCUACAAGCGUGGUUAUGGCAAAAUCAACAAGAAGCGAAUUGCCCUGACAGAUAACGUGUUGAUUGCUCGAUCUCUUGGCAAAUACGGUAUUAUCUGCAUGGAGGAUCUGAUUCAUGAGAUCUAUACUGUUGGAAAACGUUUCAAAGAAGCAAACAACUUCCUGUGGCCCUUCAAAUUGUCUUCUCCACGAGGUGGAAUGAAGAAAAAGACUACCCAUUUUGUAGAAGGUGGAGAUGCUGGCAACAGGGAAGACCAGAUCAACAGACUUAUAAGAAGGAUGAACUAAGGUAUCUACCAUGAUUAUUUUUGUAAUCUGGUCAGUUAAUAAACAGUGACUGCUUUCAAAUUGAAAUGUAUUGUUGUCUUGGUGACUUUUUCUUAUCUUUCCUCUGCCGUCCCCUAACUAUUGUGGCAAAUCUUGGUAUGACACAGUUAAGUCAAAUCAACAGCCUGUUGUGUGUAAAACUUAGGGUCCAGUUUGUAUCUUGUGAAAAACAUUCCUGGGGUUUAUUGAAGAUUUUCCUGUACGAAGUCCUGAUUUUUCACUUUUGAGUUGGCCAAAAUGGGUCUAUUCUAAGAAAGCCCAUUUCACAGGCCUUUGUGCAUGAGUAAAGGUUCAGUUUACAAAUAAAAAUCCGUUGCUGAAA